CGACAUCUCUCCCUCAAAGGACCACACAUUCUCUCUUCCCUUCGCCUGUCUGUCUCGUCCGGUGCGCUGCCCUCUUACCAAGAUGCUGCGUUACCCGACGAUUUGCACUUUUUCAGUAUGGCGCUUCCACUCCCCUCAGGGUGGCCGACGGGUCAUUUAGAUGAUUGAGACAUUGAGACCUUGUUACUGUUGCUUUAUUGAAAACUGACCUAUCCACUUCGUCCCCGACGCUGCUGCUUACUAGUGCAAUUAUGGGCCCCUUCAAGCGUCGUCUGCCAGCUGAUCAGCGACUUUUGAGUUUCUGGUUAUUGCUUCUAGCCAUGCUAUCCUAUUUGGGCUUUCUCUCAGAUAUAUAUCUACUUCUGUCGGCCAUCAACUACUCAAGAAAAUUUUUGCGAAAGAAGGUCAAAGAGUCAAAAUGAGUGCGGAG